AUGGUCAGGUUGUCAUCUGCUUGGGAAGUGGCUAGCUCUCCCUGCAACUUCGAUUCAACCAGAAAUUUCCUGGACUGUAGCUCUCGUGCGCUUCAUCAUGUUCCAAUAGAAAAUGUCGACUUCGCCAAUGCCAAAGGAAUCGACCUUAGCGGCAACAACUUCGAGAGAAUAAAAAACGAAACAUUUUCCCAAAACUCAGCUUUGAAAUAUUUGGAUCUAUCGGACAACGGUAUAGCUCAUCUGGAAACCGGAGCAUUUCGUGGUCUAGGUAAUUUGGCCAUUUUGAACCUGUCGCGAAAUGAAUUUGAGAUCACUCCAGAUGUAAUGACACCAGAACUGUUCGAGCCACUUGUUGCUCUGAAAGAGAUACGCAUUCAAAAUGUCCCAACAACUCACAAAUGGGAAGGUCUUGACCAGACUUUUGGGAAACUAAUGAAUCUAACCAAACUCUACAUCGAUUUCCCCAGUGAAUUUAUCUUCGGAAAUGAAUUUAAUAAUAUGGAUAUAGGGCUGAAUCAGGCCAUCAAUUCGCUGCAUCCUUUUCAAAAGAAAAGUGAGAAACGUGAGAUGAAAGAAAUCAGAUUAGCUCGUCUAAAUAACGUCACCUGUAAGAAAGAUGCCCAGUUCGUGACAGACGAAACUGCAUUGAUUGAUCGUUGGAUCGUCAGAGCUAGCAAAGAGAAACCUUUUUUGCUGAUCAUGGAUGGAAACCCUUUACAGUGUACUUGUGACACCGUCUUGUUCAUCCGCUGGAUAGAAAACAGAAAAGAUAACUUGGAUAACCCAGAAAAUUACACAUGCCUCCUGUCUAAUGGAUCCCGGAAGGCGAUUCUUGAAUUCAGCAAACGCCUUAGGAAUUUUGAGGUCAGCUGUGUGAGCUCAACAUAUAUAAUAAUAUCAGUGGUUGCAACUGCGACUAUUUCCAUCUUGAUAUUGUUGCUUGUUAUUAUAUAUCGCUACCGUCUAAAUCUCAGGUACUGGCUGUAUACACGACUUCAGCCUCCGAAAGACAUGUUUGCUGAGCAGGAGUAUGUCUUCGAUGCUUUUGUGGCUUACACAGCUGAAGAUAGGGAAUGGGUUUCCCAACAGCUACGUCCCAAUCUCGAGUUACGUGAGAAUACUUUCAAACUCUGCAUCCACGACAGAGAUUUUACACCGGGGAAACCGAUCCACGAAAAUAUCGUUGACAAAAUGAGAGAAAGUCGCAAAAUUCUCCUGAUUAUCAGCCAACAUUUUCUGGAAUCGACCUACGGGCCACUAGAAAUCGAGUACGCCGGCAUGAAAUGUCUGAGCGACGGCAGGGACGACAUUAUAUUGUGUGUACUGAUGGAGGACAUUCCAGUUCGUCACAUGCCGAAGGCGCUGAGAAACCUGUGGCACAAGAUCACCUUCCUGAAGUGGAGCGCUGAUCUGGAGGAACAGGUCAUUUUCUGGAGAAAUCUUACAAACGCUUUACAUUAG